UUUAUAGACCAGGAAGGAAGUGGAGCAGCACUGCUCGCUUCGCUUUCCAGUGGGGCGGCUGCUGCAAAUUCAACCUCCGUAGCUCGCAGCCGGGCGGAGGGGUGACAAAAUGACUGCCCAAACCCCCACCGAGCCCCCCAGAUGUUGCUUCUUCAGCAUCAAGACAGCAACAGUGGCCCUGGGGAUCUUCCACAUGGUGAUGAGCGUUUUGCUGCUGAUUGAGUACUCCCUGGAGGUGGCGAGCGGGAAAGGCUUUUGCAAAGACCUGGACAAGGAUUACUACAGAAUUGCUGAUGUCAUCACCAGUUUCCUGUUGAUCAUCAUGCUGUUUAUCAUAAGCUUCAACCUCCUCCUUGGUGUGGUGAAGAAAAGGGAACGUCUCCUGAUCCCAUUCCUUGCUCUACAAGUCAUGGACUUUCUCCUCAGCCUCCUAACAAUGUUCAGCUCCUACAUACAAGUUCCAGUGAUCAUUUCUGUGUCCUCCCUUAGCCACACGCAGGGACACUCGAAGAUCCCUUUCCUGGCCCUGCAGCUGCUGGACUUCUGCCUGAGCAUCCUCACUCUCUGCAGCUCGUACAUGGAAGUCCCCACAUAUCUCAGCCUCAAGUCUGCAGACAAUGGGGGCUUUUUGCCAACCCUGGAGAAGUUACCAAUGGAGGAAUAUGCCAAAGUGAUGGUCACCUUCACCAUUGCGUUCAUUGCUGUCCUCUUUCUGAAGGCCUAUAUGUUCAAAUGUGUCCUCAGCUGCUUUAAGUAUAUUAAAGCCAGCAAGAGAAAGGAGGUGAAAGUCGACACACAAGCAGUUGAAAAGGCUGUGCUGCCAUCCUAUGAGGAAGCCUUACAGUUGCCUGCCAAGGAAUCCCCACCGCCCUAUGUAACGAUCUAAGCUCCACACCUGAAGAGGAGACAUCUGUAUUGCUGCUGGUGCCUCUUGCCCCUUCUGUCAGAUAGUCAGCCCCGCUGAGAAGUCCUUACUUUGUAGCAGUAUCAUGCUUAUUACAGUCCACCUCACUUUAUAAGCCUGCGAAGAGUGAUGGUGAACCACUGGAGUUGGUGCCUCGUUCUGCUCUGGCAGUUUUGAGCUGGUACUACCAAGCUGUAGUCCUAAUUUUGAUAAACUUGGCACCAGGCACCACAGAAGUUCCCAUCACUGGCCUCCGACAUCUGGCUAAUGUGAAUUGUUGGCACUGGCCUGAAUCCCUUCUCAGGCUUGCUUUGCAUCAGCGAGAUGCUGUUUCUCGUCUGUCUCACGUCUAACUCGGCAGCUGAGACAUUUAGGAAGAGGAAUAGGGGAAAAAUGGGCUUUUCGCUGAGACAGUCCAACCCUGAAGCUAUGCUAACCAGCGUCUUUUAAUGAGGAUCGUAAGGGAAAGGGAUUGGCAAAAGAAUGAAGAUCUCAAAUGAACUAUGAUGCAGCUCUCAUCCUGCCUGCUUGUGAUGAUGAUUAAUAGUGUGUGCUCCAGAAUAUACAACACGCUGGAAUUACCACGGUGUUGCGCUGCCAUUUUAUACCUGAGUGUUUGCAUUUUUUUUUGCUUUUAGUGUGACUUGAAAGAUGAGUUUCAAUUAAAAAGAAGUUAACGGCUUCAAUA